GUCGCCAAGCGCAGCAGCCACGCCCGCGAGCCGCCGCACACCACCGGAACUGAACGCCCCUCCCCCUCCUCCUCCGGCGGCCGCGGUCUCUACAACCCACCAUCGCCGCCGUCGAUCCUCUCCCUGACCCACGCCCACCUCGCCUAGGGCAUCAUCGGGCUGGAUCCCCGCCCAAAGCCGCCAUGAAGCCGGAGCCCGCCGACGAAUCGGCGGUCGCCGCCUGCAAGGACAACCUGAAACUCUUCCGAAUAAAAGAGCUAAAGGAUGUCCUGCAGCAGCUUGGACUUUCAAGGCAAGGAAAGAAGCAGGAACUGGUGGAAAAAAUCCUUGCAAUACUGUCUGAUCAACAAGAUCAAGUAUCGAACCUCAAUGGGAAACAGAUGGUUGGAAAAGAAAAAGUGUUGAAAAUAGUUGAUGACACUUUUAGGAAACUGCACGAGCCUGCAAAUUCUGUUGCAGCCCCUAAAAACCAGGUUGAUCCAGGACAUAGCGUGAAGACCAAAAAGAAGUUAAAUGAGUCUGCUAAAGUGGAAGUCAAGGUCCGAUGUCCUUGUGGUAACUCCAUGGCCAAUGGACCCAUGAUUAAGUGUGAUGAUCCACAAUGCAAUGUGUGGCAACAUGUUGGUUGUGCUAUCAUAUCCGAGAAAUCUGCAGACAAUGUCCCUCCAGAAUUACCUUCUAGCUUCUAUUGUGAUAUCUGUCGAAUUAAUAGGGCUGAUCCCUUCUGGGUCACAAUUAAUCAUCCAUUACUCCCAACAGCAAUAGUUCCGUCUAAAAUAGCAUCUGAUGGGUCAUAUACUGUACAGCAUCUUGAGAAAACCUUUCCAUUAUCAAGGGCACACUGGGAAAUGCUACAGAAAGCAGAAUAUGACAUUCAGGUUUGGUGUAUCCUUCUCGAUGACCGAGUUCCUUUUAGGAUCCACUGGCCUUUACACUCUGAUGUGCAAGUUAAUGGUGUUCAUGUCAGGGUUGUCAACCGGCAAGUUACACAGCAGUUAGGUGCCAAUGGUAGAGAUGAUGGUCCAGUAUUAACUGAAUAUUGCAAAGAAGGACCGAACAAAAUUGUUCUAUCUAGAAGUGACUCCCGCAUGUUUUCUUUGGGUGUCCGAAUCGCCAAGAGGAAAUCUCUACAAGAGGUUCUGAGUUUGGUGCCAAAGGAAGAUGAUGGUGAGAAGUUUGAUUAUGCCCUUGCUCGUGUGCGCCGCUGUGUUGGUGGUGGAGCUGAGGCAGAUAAAGCAGACAGUGAUAGCGAUAUUGAGGUUGUGGCUGACACAGUAUCUGUGAAUCUCCGAUGCCCGAUGACUGGUUCAAGGAUUAAGAUAGCUGGUAGGUUCAAAUCCUGUGUUCACAUGGGUUGUUUUGACUUGGAAGCUUUUGUGGAACUUAAUCAACGUUCACGGAAGUGGCAAUGCCCAAUUUGCCUGAAGAACUAUUCUUUGGACAAUAUAAUCAUUGAUCCGUAUUUCAAUAGGAUCGCUUCGCUGAUCCAAAGCUGUGAAGAUGAUGUAUGUGAAAUUGAUGUCAAGCCUGAUGGUUCUUGGAGAGUUAAGGGCGGAGCUAAACUGAAGGAUCUUGCACGGUGGCAUUUACCAGAUGGUACUCUCUGUGUGGCCACCAGCAUAAGCUCUAGGCCCAACACGGAUAUAGUAAAGGAGGAGAUUAAAGAAGUGUCUCCAUCUGAACAGCUGGGCUGUCGUAUUAAGUUGGGAAUUAGGAAAAACAACAAUGGCAAGUGGGAAAUUACCAAGAGAGGGGAUGUUAACUCGAUGCCAUCUUCUGAUAAUGAUCAGUCAGAGAACUUCGAAAAUGGAAACUGUGUCAGUUCUACAAGCAACAUUGAUCUUGAGAACACUGAAGAUUCAGAACCAGGACAAUGUGUACAUGAUCUUGAUUCUUCUCCUGUAGAUGAACAUGUGCCUCCAGUACCAAUAGAGCAAGAUAUAAUAGUACUGAGUGAUUCUGAUGAUGAUGAUGAUAAUGUCAUGGUGUUGUCUUCUAAUGCUUUGAACUGCAACUCGGCAGAUGAUACUGGAGAUCCAUUUCCACCCAAUCCACCUAAAACUUCAGGAACAAGUAAGGAACAACCUGAUGGAGCUCCAGUCGAAGCUUCGUUUCUUAUGUUAACUGAAGAUUUUGAAGAGUUGGGACUGCCAUUCUGGGGGUAUCCUUCAAAUCCCCAAGAUAACCCUGCCAUAGAGUCAACAAAUGGUCUAGGUGAAGUGCAAAACUUCGCUGCCAACCAUCAAUCUCUGCAUGAUCCAGUCUCUGGGGUUAACUCGGUAGCAACGCCAGCAGCAAAUCUACUAGAAGAUGGACAUGAUGGUUCGUUGCAAGCACCACUUGACCAUAGUUGCGCUGGCAGAAGUCUAAGUACUGCCAAUAAUGUGUCCCGGAAAAGGACGAACCAUGGGGAUGAAAUAACAGCUUUAGAUGCUCCGGAUGAUAAGUUAGCCGGGGAGAGACCUGGUGGUCCUUUAUCACCGCCUCGGCAAGCGCGUUCAGUUCGACCAAGAUUUGUACUAACAAUCGACUUGGACUCUGACUAGCAGUCUGCCGUGCAUUUCUGGUGCGAGCUAUACAAUUUAUUGCCGUCUCCUCCAUGGAAUGAUCACUCAAGUUUUGUUUGUGAUUCAUUCGUCCAAUCCUGCCUGCCUUUGGAAAGGAUGCUACCUGAUGUUGGAGCAUGAAUGCAGUGCUCUCAUGAUCGUUGUUCUGGGAAGUGCAAGCAGGAAGCUGUUUUUCUUUCUCUGGAGCUGAUCUUGUAGGCCCUAGAACAUAGCAAGAGUGCAAUAUUGAAGUAUAUAGAGCUCAACUGUGUAGUCAAUUUUGGUUUUAUAGCAUAGCAGGAACUGCGUGUGGCAGUCGAUGUACAUAUGGGGUGGUUCGUUAUCCAUUCAUUAGAGUAAGGUUUCUUCUCUGAAGAAGAAAGGGAUAAUGGACCGAGCUCAUGUUUUUAAUUUUAAUUAUAUCAUCACCAUAUUAGUAAAGAAGAAAGGGAUAGUGUCUCGUGUCUUUA